AUGAGCAGUGACGCUACCACCACAGUUGAUGUGGCCGACAAUCUUCAAUACGUUCGAGGCAAGAUCCAGUCGACAUGCGAAAAAGUGAAUCGACCCGUGGAGGAUGUCCGAUUGGUGGCUGUCAGCAAGACCAAACCACUGGAAUUGCUGCAGCAAGCCUACGAUGCAAAUCAACGGAUUUUUGGAGAGAAUUAUGCGCAAGAAUUGGUCGAAAAGGCCGGUCAAAUGCCCAAGGACGUGCAGUGGCAUUUCAUUGGCAGUCUGCAAUCCAACAAGGCCAAUGCGCUCGUCAAGUCUGUCGUCCCAGUAUCAGCUCAAUUGACUGUGGAAACUGUGUCAUCAUUAAAGCUAGCCAACAAACUGAACAAUGCCAUGGAAGCACUUGAGGAAGCAGAUUGUCCCAAGGACAAGAAACUCAAUAUCUUUAUUCAAAUCAAUACGUCGGGAGAAGAGUCCAAGAGUGGAAUUGAACCCAGUGAAGCGGUGUCACUCUGCAAAGAAAUCUCCGACAAAUGCAAUCGUCUUUUCAUUCAGGGUCUCAUGACGAUUGGAGCCCCAGGCGAUCUCGGUUGCUUUGACACCCUGAUACAGUGUCGCGACCAGGUGUGUUCGGACCUAGGCCUGGAAUCGUUGGAAGUCUCCAUGGGCAUGUCGGGCGACUUUGAAGCAGCCAUUGAAAGAGGGGCUACCAAUGUCCGUGUUGGAAGCACCGUCUUUGGAGCCAGAGAUUAUUCCAAUAAGAAUUAG